UAUUGAACUGAAGAAACCGAAAUAACUAUUACAGUAAACAUGAGUUUGUUUGCAAGAAGAUGUUCUAAUCGCAAGAAACUAUUGUUUAAAACAACUAAAAUUAUAUAUUACCAGAGAUAUUAUUAAGUAAUUUAGAAUAUUAACAUAAAACAAUCAUUAGUAGCUGUAAACUUGCAUUAAAAUUUAAGACUAUCUUUAAGGUAUAAAGAUAAAUUUCAUAAUCUAAAGUAAAACGAAUGAAAAACAAAAAUAAAAAAUUAACUAAGCCAACACGAAAAAAACACAAGACAUGAACAGAUAAAAUAACACAUCAAAUCACGCACAGAAUACGAGUAUUGAACAGCAGAAAACAAUCCUCACACACGAAACAAUAAAUUUUAAAACAAGAAAAAAACAAACAGGAAACCAAAAUAAACUGAGCAAACAGACAAAAUGGCACUGGGAAAAUCCAUUAAAAUGUACCUGACAAUUUUUGUAGCAACCACAUGCAUAUACAUGGUACUGUAUCAGUAUCACAUAUCACGACAACCCAUAACAUCACCCGAACUCUUAAAGAGCAAAGAUUCAAGUAAUUUAGUUGGAACUGAGAUAACAGCUGAAGAAACUGGAAACGUUAAACUUUUAAAAACAACAUCCUUUUUAAACAGAUAUAAUCUAUUCUUAUGGUCGCCAGUAUCAUUACUGACAAGUCAACAACGAAAGAUCUCUACAUCAUCAUUAUCUCAGGCACCGGGCGUAUCGGUGCCUGAAGUAUCAUUAACAUCUCAAGUAACAGACACAUCGAUAUCAUCAUUAGUAUCAUCUACAACAAUAAAAUUAUCGUUAACAUCAACAUCAACAUCAUCAUCAUCAUCAUCAUCAUUAUCGAAUACAAGCAUUUCAUCAACAACAUCAUCUACGGAUGAGAAACCUUCCAUUUUGAAUGUAGUAACACUUCAAAAUUUAGACAAUACGAAUAAUACUUUUGCAAAUAAUAAAAAUAGUAACAAUUAUAAUAUGUAUGUGAAUUUCGAAUCCAACAAGAACUUAAGAGCAAAAUUAAAAUUACAUUCAGAUACAAAUAACACUAAAAGUGCUACAAUAGCAACAUCAACUACUAAAAACGCUACGAUAACAUCAGGUAAAACCAUUGGAAAAUCAGCCAUUCAAUCCGCAGCCUCAACAACACGUACAAGAUUAACUACAGAAAUACGAACAAAAUCCACAAAAAUUACAAACUCCUUUGUACCGGAAGUAGUGCCCCCUCCUCCUUUAUACAUCAUUACGCCUACAUACCGCCGUCCGGAACAAUUAGCUGAGUUAACACGUCUCGGCUACACACUAAAGCAUAUUACCAACUUACUAUGGUUAGUAAUCGAAGACGCCAAUCAAACAUCACCAUUAGUACAACACACACUAAAUCGUAUUGGAGUCCCUUAUAUAUACCUGAUAGGUGCGUUAGUAUGUAUGUUGCAUGUAAUUGAUUUUGACUUUGACACAAAUGCACAAGUGCAACUAUGA